AGCAAUAGAAGAAAACCCAGCCUCAUAUCCUAACGUGCAUGGCUGCAACAAAGCCACAACUCCCACAAGAUAUCUUCAUACAGUGCUUUACAAAAGUGAAUCCAUUCGAUUCAGAAACAUAUCUAAAAAGCUUCAAACACCCUCAACUAUGGGGUGCCAUAUUCAUUCUUUAAAUCCUCAGAUCCUCUGCAGAAUUUACAACAGAAGAUCACCAAAAGAGCACUCAUCACCAUAUUUGAAUGUUUUACAACUUCAACCAAAGUUUAGGAUUAAUAAAACUAUAGCCUUUUCGUCAAAUCAACAAGAUCCUAUUCCCACCAUCACCUCAGUCCCUCCAACUCAACUGCAAGAACCCAGUGCUUUUACUAUUGAAUUCAAGACUCUUGAAUCUUGCAAACUUGGUAUUGCUAGUUAUCCUGAUUUCAAAUACAACGCGCAAGGGGGUGAAGGUAUUGGCAAAGGAACAAACAUUAAAGAAUCAAAUGUUGAAACCAUGGUUGAUUUUGAUGUGAAAACACUCUAUAUUCCACCAUUGACAACUGCAACGACAAAGUUCUUAGGGUUGCCUUUGCCGCCAUUUCUGAGAAUUGAUAUUGUCCCUCAGUUGUUCAAAGGAAGCAUAAACACAAAAUCUGGACAGGUGGAUCUCAAGUUCAAGGCGGAAUUUUUGUUUUCUAUAGGUAGCAUCUAUAAAGCUCCUCCACUACUUGUGGAGACAGUGUUGACAUCAGAGGAAUCAAAGGGGACAAUGAAAGAGGGAAGAGGAGAAAGAAUGGAUACAGAAGGACGGUGCAGAUUGGUAGGGGUUGCCACAGUUGAGCCGAUCGAUGACUUCCUUUUGGAUUCUUUCCUGGGACUUCCUACUGAAUGUCUUGCCGACUUGAAUGCUUUAAUCUCUUUUACAACCAUUUAAUAGUUUGUCUAAAGUACUUGAGUAGCAAGGAGGUAAAAAGAAAGCCUUACUAUUUAUUUUGUACUGGAACUAGGAUAGGAAACUACUGUACCCUCCGAUAAUUCCUGAAAAAUUGGAUGAGUGGCCUGCAAAUUGUAAAGAUCUUCCCCAUCAGUAGGAAACAACAUAGUUUCUUGAUCUUGAAUGUAAAUCAGCUUAAACAAAAAAAAACCUUACACAUGGUGCUUCAGAAGCUAUUUUGCUUUAACAGAAGACCUUUCACUA